AUGAACGGACAGAUUAAUGGGUUUCAUAACUCCCUCAUUGACGAGGACUGCUUCUUGUUCACCUCGGAGUCGGUCGGGGAAGGACAUCCCGACAAGAUCUGUGAUCAGAUCAGUGAUGCAGUUCUAGAUGCCCAUCUCAAGCAGGAUCCUGAUGCCAAAGUUGCAUGUGAGACUGUUGCCAAGACUGGGAUGAUCCUGUUGGCUGGUGAGGUGACAUCACGUGCUACAGUGGACUACCAGAAAGUUGUUCGUGACACAAUCCGCCAAAUUGGCUAUGAUGACUCCUCCAAAGGCUUUGACUAUAAGACCUGUAAUGUUCUUGUGGCCUUGGAGCAGCAGUCUCCUGACAUCGCUCAGGGUGUUCAUAUUGAUCGCAAUGAGGAGGACAUUGGAGCAGGGGACCAGGGAUUGAUGUUUGGAUAUGCUACUGAUGAGACUGAGGAGAGCAUGCCUCUCACAAUUGUCCUUGCCCACAAACUGAACGCUAAGAUGGCUGAGUUGCGUCGCAAUGGCACCCUUCCAUGGCUCCGGCCAGACUCAAAGACACAGGUCACUGUCCAGUACCGACAGGACCGUGGGGCCAUGCUUCCAGUGCGUGUGCACACAAUUGUUGUCUCUGUUCAGCAUGAUGAGGAUAUUUGCUUGGAGGAGAUGAGGGACACCCUUAAGGAGAAGGUCGUCAAGGCUGUUGUUCCAUGCAUCUAUUUGGAUGAUGACACCAUCUACCAUCUGCAGCCCAGUGGGCGAUUUGUUAUUGGAGGCCCACAGGGUGAUGCUGGACUGACGGGGCGCAAAAUCAUUGUUGACACUUAUGGUGGCUGGGGAGCCCACGGUGGUGGUGCCUUCUCUGGGAAGGACUACACGAAGGUGGACCGCUCUGCUGCUUAUGCUGCACGCUGGGUGGCCAAGUCUCUGGUGAAGGCUGAGCUCUGCAGGAGGGUGCUGGUCCAGGUUUCCUAUGCCAUUGGAGUUGCCCAUCCCCUUUCCAUUUCUAUCUUCCACUAUGGGACCUCCCACAAGAGUGAGAGGGAGCUGCUUGAUAUUGUGAAGAGGAACUUUGAUCUCCGUCCUGGAGUCAUUGUCAGGGAGCUGGAUCUGAAGAAGCCCUUGUAUCAGAGGACGGCAGCCUACGGCCACUUUGGCCGAGAAUCCUUCCCAUGGGAGGUGCCCAAAAAACUUAAAUACUAAACCUGUUAAGCUUUUCCCCCCAGGCCUGUUGGUGUAUACUACAGAGAAGCCUCCAAGGUUCCGGGGGUGAAAUGCCCUUGUCUCUCUUAGUUAUGGUAUCAUUUAACACAUGACUCCCUUUCCUCACUCAAACUCUCUCUCUUUCUGUCUUCUUGCUGUUUUCUGCUGGUUGCAGUAUCAUGCUGGGUCAUAGGACGCAUGCCUCAGAAACUUGAUUGUUAAAUAAUUGGAUGGGUUCCAUGAACUCAUGCACCGUAGUACUUCAUGUUCUCUAAUGUCUUGAGGUUCCCCUGUUUCUUGUUGGGAUAGACCCUGAAUAGCUGCAUUCAGUUGUUCACCUUUUUGGCAUUCCACACAUCAAUAUCCUCAGUCUUCAGUGUCAUGGCGGUAGCAUAUUAGGCAAUAUGCAAUACUCCUUAUUUCACCGGGGCUACUGAUGUAAGAGUCUGCAUGACAUCUAAAUUUAAGUCCAUUUGGAAGCAAAAUGUGAUAGUCAGACGGUCCUUUAUUUUUUUUUUUUUUAUCUGGCACCUUCCCAAACAAGUUUAGUGGCUUUCUAAACAUUCCUCCUUUUUCAGUCUGUUCCAAUUGUUCCUUGACCCAGUGUUCUUUUAUCCUUUUUGUUUGCUUUAUUCCCUCGUCUUUGUGGAGGAUGCUAGAAUCGCACAAUUAAAAUAUAAGGGUUGUUGCUAUUUUCACAAAAAAUGCUAUGCAUUGCAGGCUAAUGGGCAAGCCAAAUUUUAAUUGAAGCUCUCAAAUGAGCAUGAAGCCUCAAAUGCCCCUACAGACCUUUGCUGUUUUCUGACGUAAUACAGAAAAGUCAGAAGCUGCUAUGUCACUGCUCUGGUCUGCAGAGGUUUUGGUUAUACUUGAUAGUAAUGGCAAAAAUUGACUUGUUUAUGCAUUUGACAUUCAAUUUUAAAUAAGUCCUUUUUUUAAAUGUAGUUUCACUUGGGUUUUUUUUUUUAUUUUAUUUUUUUAAUAUAUGGUUUGAAGUGACUAAAGGUCCUUUUUACACCUUAAGUAUAUUGAUGGCAGGUGUAGCUACAGAGAAACCUGGUCCCGAUCUUUAUUCUUAAAGGAGUGUUCUUUGCCACGGAGUCUUAUUGGCUUGAGGUCAAACCUUUUAACACUAUUUAUUUGUUCUCUGAAACUCAGCGUGGAUACAGAGAAGCCGAUGUUUCAGAAGGCAGCUUUAAACACAUUUGGCUAUUGAAUCUUGAAUUCCUUUUGACUUGACCAUUUUUCAUUGUUUGGCUUGAGGCUCCAGAGUGUUGUACAGAAAAGCUUUGGUCUGCCUCAUCAAGAAAGUGUCACUGGCUACUGUUGACUAUUUUACAACCUUUUAUUUAUUUUGACUGUAGAUCAAAGUGGGUUGGUUUUUGAAAUCCCAUUUUUUUUAAAUGCCUGGUGCAAUUCUUUAGAUCUUACCUAUCCUUGAUGGAAUGGCAACAUUUGGUUGGUGUAGUACAGAGAAACCAGCCUUGUUUACACGGCCAUCUCAUGCGUGGGAUAGGUUUUGGUUUUGUUCCUUUUUUUUUUUUUUUUUUUUUACCAACUCGGAGGUCAUCCCGUUGGCUACAGUAAGUGUAAGAGUGCCUUUUCUAUUUCCUCUACGCCCCCUGCCCCCCCCUCCCCAUUUGCUUUUCUCCCCUCCUACCAACAUGUGCUCUACUUCCAGAGGAGCAAGUAGCUCAUACUGUAUUGUGCUUCAUGUCUAGACUGGGUAGUUUCCUUAUGCUCUGUAAUAAAAACUACUCCUUUCAAAUGUU